AUGCGGGAGGGUCGCGACGGCGGCUGCGGGUCCGGCGACCUGGCUGCGUCGGCGGCUCGCCGGCCGGUGGCGGGGCUGGAAGGGGAGAGGGGUUCCGGCGAGGGCCUCAGGGAGCCAGAGCGCGGGGGCGGCACACAGGCGCGGGAGGCUCGGGCGGCGGCGCUCGCUCGGGGUCUAGCGCGGGCGAGCGGCGGCGGAGGACGGGCCCGGCGCGGCCCGGUUCGGCCCGGGGCGGGCCGGAUCUGGUCCCCGGGUGGCGCGGCGGAGGAGGGCGCUGGCGGCGCUGACGUAGCGCAAUGCGAGUGGAGGGGAGCGGCGGCUGGCGGCGGCGCGCCCAAUGGUGACGCGCCAAGUGGCGGCGGCGAGGUGGCCAGCGCGGAUUCAGAGGAGGGGUCGGCGGCUGCAGGCUGGAGGGGCGCGGAAACCAAGGAGGGAGGUAGGUGGAGGCCAAAAAUGGCAUGUGGGUGA